AGCCCGUGACCUGCAAGCACAAUAUUUGAUCUGGGAUCUAGGGCGGGCACCAGCCUUUGCAAACCAGGAGACACACUCACAUGCUGCUUGAGACACGGGAGAUCCCGGAGACGAGCAGCGAGGCUUUGGAAAGGAGGCUCUUAGCUUGGUCCCUCCAGCAUCAGCACCAUGCGUUGGGCCACCGUCCUGAUCAUCGCUGGGCUCUGCGGAGCCUCCCUGGGCCAGUAUAAUGAAGAAGAAGACAUGGCUUGGUUACAGUACUACAUACGGCAGUCCCGUAUGUCCUCCUAUAACUACAUGCCCUACUACGAGGAUGAGAACACCCCUUACGUGUACUCUUACCUCCCAGCUCCAGACACAGAGGCAGAGCCCGGCCCUGAACCUCAGCAAGCCUCUUCCUGGCAAUGUCCCCAAGAGUGUGAUUGUCCCCCUAACUUCUCAUCAGCCAUGUACUGUGACACCCGUAACCUAAGGUACCUGCCCUUCGUGCCUUCCCGGAUGAAAUACGUCUACUUCCAGAACAACCAGAUCACCGCCAUCCAAGAGGGAGCUUUUGACAAUGCCACGGAGCUGGAAUGGCUCGCACUGCACAACAACCAGAUCACCAGCGAGAAGAUGGGCAAGAGGGUCUUUGCCAAGCUCAAAAACCUGGAGAGGUUGUACAUGAACAACAACAACCUAACCAAGAUGCCCAGCCCCUUGCCCCGGUCCCUGAGAGAGCUCCACUUGUCUUACAAUCAGAUCUCCAAGGUCCCCUCCAACGCUCUGGAGGGCCUGGAGAACCUCACAGCCCUGUACCUCAGCCACAACUACAUUUUUGAGAUGGGAGCAUCCCUCAAAGGGCUCAAGUCCUUGAUCCUUGCUGAUCUGAGCUACAACCACCUCAGGAAAGUCCCUGAUGGGCUCCCAAUGGCUUUGGAACAGCUCUACCUAGAGUACAACUACAUCAACACCAUCCCUGAUGACUAUUUCAAGGUCUCUCCCAAGCUGCUGUAUGUACGGAUGUCCCACAACAGCCUGACAAAUCAAGGUCUCUCUACCAACACUUUCAACAGCAGCAGCAUCCUCGAGCUGGACCUCUCUUACAACAGGCUCCAGAAGAUCCCCCGGGUCAGCACCAACCUCGAGAACCUCUACCUUCAAGGGAACCAAAUCAACGAGUUCUCCAUCAGCAGCUUCUGCACCGUGGUGGACGUCAUGAACUACUCCAGGCUCCAGGUCCUGCGGCUCGAUGGGAACGAGAUCAAGCGAAACGCCGUGCCGCCCGACGCCCCGCUGUGCCUGCGGCGUGCCACCAUCAUCGAGAUCUAGCCCGGCCCCCUCCUCAUCCUCAGGACUUGGCUUCCCCGUUCCUGGGGAGACACUCACUCCCA